CUUUCAGAAAGUUUGUGAAGAAAGGUGUGAAGGAAUUGACUGUAGUAUCUCGUCAUGGGGGACAGGGGAGUGGUGUUGCCGAUACUCCUUCGCAAAAUGCUGGUUGUUCUAGUGUUCGUAACGAACCUCUUGAGGUUUAAGUGUUGUGAAUCCCCCUAUCCUGAAUGUUGACUUGUCUGAAGCUGAAAUAGUUGAGGUUUCUGCCUUUAACAAGAGGAAGAAGAAAAAAGAUAUCGUUGGGUCUGGUGUCCCUCCUACCAUUGCAGGUCGUUUAAAGAGGAGGAAGGUUGGAGAUGAUGCCAAAUCUGCAGAGUUCCGGAAGCGUUCUGCUUCAAAGACAGGUGCCCAUGAUCAAGAGAUUCUCACCUGGCUGAAUGGUCAGGAUAUGAAUGCGGAAGAUGCGAAGAAAAUAGAUAGCAUAGAUAACGAGACAUUUCUGCGUGUCUUCAAAAAGGAUCACCAGUUUCAUUCUUAUCUUGAUGCAGUUGUUGCUAGGCGUUUUUCCAGGAUGUCUGUGGAUCUAAGGUCCAAGAGCCUGGAGGUGUAUUCCUUGUUGGCCACCGUUGAGGAUUUGAAGGGUAGGGAGGCUAGGUUUGUUACUACUGUUGAAUCAUCCGAUAUUGUUCAGGAUUUUAAGAAGAAGGUGAAUGUUUUAAAAGUUGAAGUGGUUGUUCAUGAGGAGGCGGUGUUAAAAAUGCAACAAGAGUGUGAUGCAGAGCGUGAGGGCAGCAGGUUCUUGCGUGAGAAAGUUGAUUCCCUGAAGUAUGAUCGGGUCAGGUUAGUGACAGAGGUGAUCCUAUAUGUGAGCAGGUCUUUGUUGUAUAGCGAUGAAGUUAGUCAACUUUUGGGGGAGAUGGCUUCAGCUGAAAGGGCUGAAGAAAGGUCGACUGUUUUAGAAGAGUUUGUUGCAGAAGGUAAAUGUGAUUUGCAGUGCCGGGGAGAUUUUAUUGCAAAUGCCUCUCAUGACCUUGAAAUUGCCAACCAGAAGCGGAAGGAGGCUAUUUUUCGUUACCUGAAGAAGGUUGUGGCUAACCCAAUGCUGAUGUAGAUGACCUGCUCAAAGUUGUUCCUGACUUGAUUCAACCUGAAGAUGCUAUCGAUCCCCAGUGAUGUUCCUAUGGCCUGUGUGCCUUUGAUGUGGCGUCUGUGCCCCUUUGAACAAUUGUCUUUUGUUUGCAGCUUAUAAUGCUGCUUUUGGACAAUUUACUUUUUCUUGUUUGCA